AACCGUCAGCAGAAAAGCAGGUUCAGAGAAAUUCUACCUCCCCUUGCUGGGUUCUUCUCCUUCCCCGUUCAACCUUCAGGAGCCAUCAGUGCGCAGCGGCAGCUAAUCCAUCACUACUCCAGCUUCUUCCCAUUUCCAUGGCGCGGCGACGCGACAAACUUUGUCCGAAGCGCUCUUCUCGUCCGUUACGCCAUCCUCACGACAUGGGAGGUGGGGUGAGGCCGAGGCGCCGCGUCGUCGUGAUCGCGAGGCACGUGAGAGGCAAACAUAACGCCUCUCCUGUCGUAACGACGACGACGACGACGAGAUUCGGUACUAUAAAGUCCGCCGCAGGAGCGCAAUGUAGCAUGCUUCAUUACUCAGCGCUCUAGCAUUCGACUACCCUCUCUCGAAAGUCUUAUCGAUUCGGAGUGGCACUCACAGCACCACCUGUCUGCAUAUUUCCCCCCGCGACUAGUCCACUCAUAUCUUAACUAGUCGUCGACUCCAACUGUUUGGAGUAGCUCUCUCGAGUAGUCGUCGGCGCCAUCAUGAGUCGCGCACUUCUCCUCCUUAUCGCGCUAUCCGCGUUAUUAGCAGCAGCCGGCGUGGCUGCGACUAAGCCCUCCGGCUCUGGCGGAAUCGCCCUCCGCGGCGGCAGCGGCGGCGGCGGCGGGAAAAGAGCCGGAGUGGCUAGUACUACUAGAGGAAGCGCCAAUGUAACCAGCGCUGCUGGCGGUGGGAAGGGCAACGCAACAGCAGGAGUGAAGCGCGGUGGCAAAGUCGGCGUGUUGUGCGGCGAGUGCAGCAAAGGAGGAUCCUCCGGCGGCGGCGCAUCUCGCGGCGGAGGAGGGGGCGCGGUCGCGACGAUCAUCAUGGCUCGGGAGGGUCGCACGGUGGGUCGCAUGAUGACGAGUCGCACGGCGACGGUUCGUACCACGGGCGCGGGCGCGACGAGGAGCAGGAGGACGAGGAAGACUCGGAGGAGGAGGAGCAGCGAGGCGGCAGUCAUCGUGGUGGUGGCGACUGGGAUUCGGCGGAUGAGGAAUCCGAGGAUGACUCGGAUUCAGCCGAGGCUGACGACGAUGAGAGCGGUCACGGGCACGGAGGCGGGCGCGGAGGCUGGCACGGGCGUGGAGGCGGGGGUGGGCGCGGAGGAGGGCACUCGCACGACGAGGAGGAGGAGGACGAGAGCGAGGAGGUGGAGGAUGAUGGGGAGGAUGAGGAUGAGGAUGAGGACGAGGGUGGUAGGAGCCAUGGCGGUCACGGCGGGCGAGGAGGCGGGCGCGGGGGAGGGGGCAGCUGCGGCGGGCUGUGCGACCGUGGCGGGUGCAGCGCGAGCUCGGGCGUGGUCAGCCAGCUCCCGCCACGGCAGCAGCAGCAGCAGCAGCAGCAGGCAGUGCGGCAAGUGCAUCCUGCUGCCUGCCAUCGACGCCCUCACGCCCGUGAAGGCCACCCGGGAGCGGUGCGGCAGCACCAACCACACCAAGGUGCGCGUGGGCAAGCGCUGCCCAUACGGCGAGAACGACCCGCACUUUCUGGGUGCGCACGGGACGCGCUUUGACUUCAACGGGCUGCCUGACCGCUCCUUCUGCCUCUACACCGACCGCCACGUGCACCUUAACAUGGCCAUGCGCGGCUACCUCGACUCCCGGCCCCUCCCUGCUGCUGCUGCCACUGCUGCUGCUGCUGGUUCUGUGGCCGCUGCUGCUGGUUCUGCCACUCCUGCUGCUGCCACUUCUGCCAGUGCUGCAUCUUCUGCUAAUGUGCUGGCUGCUGCUCGUUUCGUCAACGGCUCGGCUGUCCGCACGUGGAUCCGCCAGCUGGCAAUCAUGUGGCACGAUGGUGAGGGCAGCAGCAGCAGCACGAAUGCUUCUACCUCUUCUCACUCUCUCGUGCUCACAGCACGUGACGGCAAGCAGCAGACUCGUGGCUCAGAAGGCUUUCUUGCCUCGGCUACUCUCGACAAUGUGCCUCUCCCUCGCUUGACCCUUGGCCAGAGCCACAUUCUUUCCAACGGGCGGCUGAAUCUGUCCUUUGUGGGCCAGGAGAAGACCGGCCCGUACGACGUGGACGUGUACUCGCUCCGCCUGGACAAUCUCCUGGAGCUCGACCUGAAGCUGCGCGCCGCCCACCCUCUGUUGCAAACACCUGAGGACGCCCAGGUGCACAUCAACGUGAUGGAGAGGAGAACCAUGGAGUAUUCGAGGCUCUCUGCCUUGCUGCACCACCCAGUGUCGGUGGACGGGGAGGAGGGGAGGGGGUUUCUGGAUGGGGAGGCAGCGGACUAUGAGACGACUGGAGUUACGGCUGCUGACUGCAAGUUCACUGCUUUCAACGGGGGACAGCUGCCCCUGCUGGUGGGCAAGAAACAUGGCAAGCAGCUAACAGCGGCAAGUGUGGCUGAUGGCCUUGGAGUCAACUGCUUCACACCAUCCUCGCAACACAAGUGCACUCCAGCAGCCCCACAAGCUAGUGCCUGGUUGGUUUCGCCUGGAGCAACUGUUGGAGUCAACCAAAUCGGCCUAUAGGAGUCUAUCAAUCUCUGUUUGUG